AUUUUAAUUAUUUUAAACAUUUUUAUAUUCUUUAUACAAAAUACUUUACCGAAAAGAUAUAUUUGACAAUAUAUCUGAUAUAACAUUACAUAUUUACAUUUAAUUAUAAUAAAUCCGUUGAUAAAAUGGAAGUGGUAGAAGUUUGCACAGAAAGAAAACAUUGUGUAGUUCCAGCUGAGAAGCAAUUAUGUGAUAAGAGUAUGCGAAAAUAUGUACAACCACCAAGAGUCAAAUCAUUUGCUCCUGAAAGAUUAUACAGACCUCCAUCGAAACCACUUGAUACUUGUACAACAUAUUAUCUCUCAUAUAUGGAUAUGGAUCCUAGAACAGCUCAAUCUAUUCGGGUUCAACCUUAUCGUCCAAUUCAAACGUUCGUUAAAUCAAAUGAAAAAUUUUCUCACGAGACAACAAGUAAAAUGAGUUACCAACCUAUUUGGCAUACGGCAAAAAGAAAACCAAUUAAGCCUAAAUUCAGAGCUUUGUUAGGACGUGGAGCAUUAGAAAGCGCUACUACAACAAAAUGUGACUAUAUGCCAAAAUAUACAGAAAAAUUAGAUAUGAUAGUACCUUGUGGAAAUAUAAGAAUAAGUGCAAGUCCUUUGGAUGCUAAUACAACUACGGGUCUUUCUUAUGUAAAUCCUGGUAUAAUAGAACCUGCUACUAGCUUUAAACCUGUAACAAAAUAUCAUCGACCUAGUCAUUCAGUUUCAAAGGAUACUACUAACAAAUUAAGUUAUCAACCUUUUGCUGUUAGCAAAAAAGAGAAGUUUCCUUGGGCACAGAAAUCUAUAUAUAAGCCUCCAAGUGUUGCAAUGUGUGAGAAGACUAUUUAUUCUGAUAGUUAUUUGGAGAAUGAAGUAUGUGAAAAGAUGAAACCAUACAUUCCUAGUGUAGCAAAUAUAUUACCUUACAAAGCACAAUUUAUGGACAAAACAAUUUAUAAAGAGAGUUAUUUGCCUUGUGAUGUAGAAAAAGCAACAAAAAUCGUUCCACCCGCUAAUAUUUUCAUAUCAAAUGAAAAAAUAUCCACUGAUACUACAAAUAAAUUGAGCUAUCAACCAGUUUGGUCUAAGAAGCGUUCUCCGAUUUUACCACGUAGUAGAAAAAUGAUAGAAGGUUCAAUACAAAGUGAAACUACAAAUCGACAUGAUUUUAUACCUAAAAUAAUUGCACCUCCAAAACUGAUUAUUCCAUGCAAUAAUAUUCGUAUAUCAAGAGAUCCUAUUGCUGAUAAGACAACAACUGGUUUGUCAUAUUUACAUCCUGGUCAAUUAGAACCUGUGCAAAGUUUCAAACCUAUUGGUCAUUACUGCAGACCUGUUACUAAGAUAGAUUCUGAGACUAUAAAUAAAUUAUCAUACCAAGCUUGGACGCCAAUUCCUAAAAUGGAUAUGCCAUGGGCACAUCGAACUACAUAUGAAGUUCCUAAGGAUCGAAUGACCACAGAUACAAUCUACCAAAUGAGUUAUCCUUUACCAGGAUAUUAUAUUGAGAAUGAGUGUCCAUGUACGGAAUGAGAGUUUCGAUAAUGAUAUUUCUGAAACAAUACUAUAUUACUCUUGAAAUUAGUUAAAUUAUAAUUAAGUAUGGAAGUAUAUUACUCUUUUGAUAAAUGAUUUUUUUAU